AUGCCGACGGACGCGUGGAACUGCCCAGAGGCCCUGUUGCCUGACGAGGCCAUUCUUUACCUGCAGGAGCGUCAGGAGCGCAUGCUCCGUGAGAACCCCUUGGGGGCCGACGUGGGGCCGCGCUUCGACACGGUCCUCAAGUUCAACCAGAAGGAGUACCGCUGCCUGGUGCGACAACUGCUCUCGGCAGGCAUCCUGGGGGCUAACGCCCACUUCCGCGACCCGCCAGGCGUCGAGCUGCUGAGCAGCGAAGGGCUGGCGCGAAUCGAGCUGCCGUUGCCCGCCGAGGGAGUGGCCAGCCACGACGACCUCCGUGCAGCUCUGGAGGUGCGGCAGUUCUACAUCGAGAUGGCGGACGUCAAGGAUUGCUUCCAUCGCUUCCGCAUCGAUCCGGAGCUCUCGCGAUGCUUUUGCCUGCCGCCCCUUAAGGCGGGUGCUUCCGGGGUCGCCGAGAUGAACGGCGAGAAGCCUGGACUCUCAGACCACGGCCCGCCGCUUGGAUUGGCGCCGCUGGAGGCCAAGGAUGAG